AUGUUCACUUCCAAAAGACAAGAUAAAUUUACCACUGGUUUAAUAAACACAAGAAAUGAUUGUUUUGCAAAUUCUUCAAUUCAAGCAUUUGCUGCAAUGCCAGGGUUAGAUGUUUAUUUAAAUGAUAUUUUAAAACAGCACAAAUUGUUAGACAAAUUACCAACCAAUUCAGAAGCUCCAAAAUUACCAUUACAUGAGGCUUUAGCUACUAUUGUUCAGGAAUUACAAGUGACAAUAACAACACAACAUUACGUCUCAGUGUGGCCUUUUUUGCAAGUCAUUGAAAAAAUUUUCAAUUCAAAGAUUUCAACAAACCAAAACGAUGCUCAUGAAUUGGUGCAACUGAUACUGGAAACUUUAGACAAUGAAAACACCAAAUUGAAGAAAUUUGUGAAGCAAAGUAACCUGAACUUUGUCAUACCCGAAAUGCCAUUUAAUGGGUUAUUGGCUGAUCAGUUGACUUGUUUAUCAUGUUUGAAUUCUUCAAAACCAAGCUUUCAUCCUUUCGCUGUCUUAUCUUUGGCCGUUCCUCAAACUUCAAUAACAUCUUUAGAGGAGAUGGUUAAAAAGAAUGAAGUGGAAACUAUCAACGGUUAUAAUUGUUUAAGAUGUAAAAUCAAAGCAAUCUUAAAAGUUGAAAAAGAUCAACCAACAAAUUCAACAGCUGAGACUCAAAAACUAGUUGCUGAAUUGAAACAGAAAGAAUCCAAUAUCAGUAUAAAUGAUGAUUUGCCAGAAGAUUUGGAUAAAUUUGUUAAAAACUACAGUUAUGGUGGAUUCAAAACUGAAAAUUUACAAUCUACAAUUGUCAAGAAAACCUUAGUUGUUAAACCACCACGUUUAUUAACUGUUCAUCUGUCAAGAUCAAUGUUUACAGGAACUCAAGUGACAAGAAAUAGUUGUAGAGUUCAAUUUGAAGAUGAAGAAGAUGCUUCAAGUGAUGAAGAUAAUGAAUUGAAUGCUUCUAAGGAAAAUGUUAAAUACAGGCUGCGUGCUGUCAUCAGACAUCAUGGAACUCAUAAUGCUGGUCAUUACGAAUGUUAUCGUCAUAAACCUGCAUUAGUGAAAGACACUUUGAAUGAUACUGUUGUUAAUACAUCACCAACUAUCAAUUUUGGGUUUGCUGGUUUCCAACUCAAUAGUAAUGAAUUGAGCAGCAAGUCACAUAACAAGAGAUUCAAAAAGAUUGCAACUGUGGCAAAAUACCCAUUCUGGAGAAUUUCAGAUACAAAAGUUGCAGAAGUUAAGAAAGAAGAUGUCUUGAGAGAAACACAAGCUGUUUAUAUGAUUUAUUAUGAAAGAGUUUAA